AAAAAUGGCGCUGAUAGCCCCUUGAUGAGUUCGCGCAUUAGCAUGCAUUAGUAAAUGUUAUUUGUCAAUGACAUUGUUUAUUUGUUGUUUAAUUACAAUUUCUCAGUUUUUUCCUUUUUACCCUAGAUUUUUUUCUACGUUUUUGAAGUGUUAUCAUCAUGCCUGAAAGAUGUUUCAUUUGGUCUUGCCAAAGCAGUGGUAAACUCCCAAAUAUUUACUAUUUUCGCUUUGGUUCCAGGAAGGAACUAUGGCUUGAAGCCUUGAGAAUACCUGAUAAGGAUAUAAGUUCUAGGAAUCUUCUUUGUUCCAAACAUUUUGAUGCAUCAGAUGUUGUGUUUCCUGAUAGUGAACAUGGCAGAGUAAGGCUCAAACCAAAAGCUGUGCCCAAACAUUUCAUAAUCAAAAGGAAAUCAACUGACAUUCUUUCUUCUGAACCCCCGAAAAAAAAAGUUGCAAGGAAACACCAUGAUAUGUUGGAACAAGAACAACCUUCCACAUCCAUGAAUAAACAACCUAGUAAUAAUUAUGAAGCAGAAGUUGUUCAUAUCCCAAAGCACAUGAAAGAACAGCUUUCCAGUUCAACUGAUAGUGCUGGACUGAAGCAUACUCCUAAAAGAAAUAGGAGGCUAAUCAAAAAAAUUCAUACAUACAGGUGUGUACAUUUCCUU